AUGACCAGCAUAGAGACUCUGGAUCUGUCCCAUAACAAGCUCUCUGGGACAAUACCACCUUCAUUGGUUCAGCUCAGCUUUUUGUCCAAGUUUAGUGUUGCAGACAACCAGUUAGAGGGGGCAAUCCCUACAGGAGGUCAGUUCAUGACCUUCCCGAAUUCAAGCUUUCAAGGGAACGAUCUUUGUGGCUUCCAUGCUCUCUCUUGUCCAUUAGACUCCAAGCCAGAAGAAGUGGAUAGUGGACCUACUGGAAAAUCAUCAAGAGUAGAAUUAGAACUUGAUGGGGUGUAUGUAGGAAUAGCUGUAGGAUUUGUAUUUGGAAUCAUCUGUUUCAUUGGAACAGAUAAAUAUCCACUAGUUUUGAGCUCUCAGAACCUGACCUGCAAUCUCAAUGAUUUGAAUGCAUUGGAGGGUUUCAUGGGUGGUCUGCAGAGUACCCUAGGUAAUUGGGGCAGGAAUUUCUCUGAUGAUUGCUGUAAAUGGGCAGGUAUUACUUGCAACUCUUCCUUCUCUCUUGGAUUGGAUGAUUCUGUUGAUAGUUAUAGAGUCGUUGAGUUGGAUCUUUCGAGUAGGAGACUAUAUGGGAACCUUUCUGAAUCUUUGGGGAAUUUGGUACAACUUAGAGCCCUCAAUCUUUCUCACAAUUUCCUUAAAAACUCACUUCCUGCUUCACUUUUCCAAUUGCCAAACUUAGAGUACUUAGACUUGAGUUCUAAUGACUUUUCUGGUCCCAUUCCAGUCGAUUUCAAUUUACCUUCGAUCCUGUCACUUGACAUCUCUCAAAAUUUAUUGAAUGGUUCUAUUCCACAAAGCAUUUGUGUAAAUUCUACUCGGCUUCAGGUUCUGAAGUUGGCUGUGAACUACUUGUCUGGUAGUCUUCCAAAAAGUCUUGCCAAUUGCAGUUCCUUGGAGGCCAUCCGUCUCAGCACAAACUCUCUCUCUGGUGGUGUACCUGAAGGUAUAUAUCAGCUGCAGAAACUAACCAGAUUGACCAUUCAACGUAACAAGCUUACCGGGCCGCUGAGCAAAGAAGUUGGUAACCUGAUCAACCUUACUCGGUUGGAUAUAUCAACUAAUUGGUUUUCAGGGACCAUUCCGGACGUCUUCCACAGCCUCCGGAGGUUACAGUUUUUUGUUGCUCAUUCCAAUAAUUUCAGCGGUCCGAUACCCCAUUCCUUGUCAAGUUCUCCAACCAUCUCGUUUCUGAAUGUGAGAAACAACUCAUUGGACGGUCCAAUCGAUCUAAAUUGUUCAGCAAUGACAAGUUUGGUCUCUCUUGAUCUAGGUUCAAAUUGGUUUGAUGGGGUUAUUCCAUCUAAUCUUCCCACUUGCCGGCGUUUGAAUAAUAUAAAUCUUGCCAGGAACAACAUGAGUGGCCAAAUUCCUGACAGCUUCAAGGACUUUCAUACUCUCAGUUACUUCUCACUUUCAAAUGCCAGCUAUUCUAAUCUAUCAUCUGCCCUUCAUAUCUUACAGCAGUGUCAGAAUCUAACCACUUUGAUUCUCACCAUGAACUUCUAUGAUGAAGAAUUGCCAGCUGAUCCAAACCUUCAUUUUCCAAGGUUGAAGGUAUUUAUUCUUGCAAAUUCUCGGCUCACGGGUUCGAUACCCCAAUGGUUGAGUAAGAGCAGCAGAUUGCAGUUAUUGGAUAUAUCCUGGAACUGCUUGGAGGGUACAGUUCCAGCUUGGUUUGGCAAUUUUACUAAUCUCUUCUACUUGGACAUAUCAAACAAUACUUUUACUGGGGAGAUCCCGAGAAGCUUAACUGGACUACAGAGCCUCAUUGAUGGGAAUUUUUCCUCAGUUCCGGAACCUUCCCCCGAUUUUCCUCUUUUCCAGAAGAAGAAUGUAAGUGCAAGGGGAUUGCAGUACAAUCAAGUUUGGAGUUUUCCACCGACGCUGGAACUUAGCAACAAUAAUUUCAGUGGACAGAUCUGGCCAGAAUUUGGGAACCUGAAAUCCCUUCAUGUAUUGGAUCUGAAGUGCAACAAUUUAUCUGGACCAAUUCCAAGUUCUUUUUCUAAUAUGGUCAGCUUAGAGACUUUGGAUUUGUCUCAUAACAAGCUUUCAGGGAUAAUACCCAGUUCAUUGAUUCGUCUCAGUUUUUUGUCCAAGUUCAGUGUUGCAGACAAUCAAUUAGAGGGGGAGAUCCCUAAUGGAGGUCAGUUUGGGACUUUCCCAAAUUCAAGCUUUGAAGGGAACAAUCUUUGUAGUGACCAUGCUCCUCCAUGUCCAUCCAAGGUUCAUACUUAUCUCGAUCAAACCAGAAAAUCAAGAAUGAAUGUAUUUGGAGUAGAAUAUAGAGGAGUUGUCAUUGGAAUAGCUGUGGGAUUUGUAUUUGGAGUAUCUUGCUUUAUAGUAACAGAUAGAUAUGUGUGGACUUGGCAUUUCUAA